AUGUUUAUAAUAUGCGUCGCAUUACUCGCACUUAUCGCUCAAGACUGCUCCUCGCAAGAUGAUGAAGGGCCCUAUCGAGGAAAUUUCAUUGGCAAAUUAAAUUCCUAUCACCACCAGGUGUCUGGAGAUGUAUAUGCAGUAGACGAUUGGACAGUUUUGCUUGUUAAUUUCAAUUAUGAUGGUACUGGGGAGGACACAUUCUUUUGGGCUGGUGACUCAGGACGACCUGGGCCACAAGGGUUCAUAGUCCCUGAUGAGUACGGCAAGACGAACAUACUGGAGCGGUACAACAACGCCGAGGUGCGGCUGCGGCUGCCGGAGGGCAAGCGGCUGUCGCGGCUCAAGUGGCUGGCCGUGUACGACGUGAGCACGCAGAACGCCUUCGGCGACGUGUACGUGCCCGACGAGUUCGAGCCGCCCGCGCCGCGCUCCGUGGCCGCGCUGGCGCCCGCGCCCGGCGUGCCGCUCUCCAGCGCGCCCGUGCGCUUCCUCGACGCCUGCACCCUCCUGAUCCCCGAGUUCCGGUACGACGGCGGCGGCGAGGAGGUGUACUUCUGGACGGGCGUGGGCCCGCAGCCCUCCUCCAGGGGCACCAUCAUCCCGGACGAGCACGGAUACCUGGAGCCGCUGCGCGCGUACGAGGGCGAGGACGUGCGGCUGCAGCUGCCCGGCGGCCGCACCGUGUUCCAGGUGGACUGGAUCGCGGUGUGGGACGCGCGCGCGCGCCAGCCGCUGGCCUCCGUGCUGGUGCCCGACGCGCUCAACGUGCCGCCCGCCGCGCUGCGCACCCACCCCCACAGGUCGAAGCUGCCGCACUGCAAGCAGCUGCACCGGGACCUGCAGGUGUCGUGGGAGGUGUUCGGCAACCAGAUCACGAUAGAGCUCGCCGGCCAGGUGGGCGAGGAGGAGUACAUGGCGUUCGGCGUGUCGGGCGCGGAGGGGCGGUCGCAGAUGCUGGGCGCGGACGUGUGCGUGGCCCGCUACGACGCGCGCCUGCGCCAGGGCAUGGCGCAGGACUACAACGUCACCGCCGUGGCGCCCUGCGUGCAGGUGCUGGGCCGCUGGGCGGGCGUGUGCCGCGACGAGCUGCUGGGCGGCCUCAACAACAACCAGCUCUUCAGCGCCAGCAGGGAGGACGGCCUCACCGUGCUCACCUACCGACGCUCGCUGCAGCCGGACGAGCCGAUGGACCUGGGCUGGAAGACGGAGGGCGCGCAGCACGUGGUGUGGGCGGUGGGCCCCCUCGACCACGAGCUGGAGCCCGCCUACCACCGCCUCUUCCCGCGCGCCAACGUCUCGCUGCUCCUCGCGCAGAACCCUCCCGAGAACGACUGCUUCGACUUCAUCAUCGGCGGGCGCGAGGCGGUGCGUCCGUGGGAGCGCGCCGAGCUGUUCGACCCCGCGCUGCGCGUGUUCCGCUUCGCGCUGGGGCCGGCGGGGGGCGCGCGCGGGCUGGGCGGCAGGGGCGGGGGGGGGGGGGGGGGGGGGGGCGCUCCGCUCGCCCCGCCGCCGCUCGCGUGGUACGUGAACGGGCAGCUGGCGCCCGACCUGCAGCUGCGGCGCGGGCUGCGCUACGCGUUCCGCGUGUCGGGCGGCGACGAGCCGCACUCGGCCAGCCUCUACCACCCGCUCGUGGUGACGGCCGAGCCGCACGGCGGCCUCGAGCGGCUGCCCGACGCGGCGCAGCGCGCCGUGCGCGUGCUGGCCGGCGCGCGCCCCACGCGCCGCGCGCGCCUCAGCCCCGCCGCCGCCGGCCCGCUCUGCCUGGCGCGCCGCCCGCCGGGCGCCGACCCGCGCCUCGACGAGCGCUUCGCCACCUUCCGCGCCUUCAACCGCUCGCUGCGCUGGAGCUGCGAGCCGGGCGAGCCGGCCGCGCUCGCGCUCACGCCCGACUCCUCGUGGCCCGACCUCGUCUACUACCACUCCUUCACGCACUCCGACAUGGGCGGGCGCAUCUUCGUCGUGGACAAGCACCGGCGCAACAUCGCGCGCGCCGCCGCGCCCGCCCGCCGCCGCGGGGGACUCCCCGCGCUGGCCGCGCUGGCCGCGCUGGCCGCUCUUACUUCCUUC